AUGAUCCUUUGGACUUCUCUUACUGUUGCUCUCUUUGGCCUGUUGCCUGUUCACACAUGGGCGGAGGUUGUCAACAGCUUCCAGAAAUGUUCUACAUUCUUUUACAAAGAAGAGGAACCCGUAGGUUUUCAAAAUGCUAAUCAAAAUGCUAAAAAAAUCUGUCAAAUAUAUGAGGUUCGGCUUAAGUCUUUCUAUGCAACACUCUACUCCACGCCCCACAGGAUCCCUCUGUACAGCGCCUAUACGUUUAAUUAUGACUGCAAGAACAAGCAGGAUGAAUCGAAAAAUGGGGCCUGGUUCAUUGAACCACAGCUCUCAGACGAGAUAGACAAGACAGACGAGACAGCUGAAAUGAAUGAGGAAAGUUGCUGCGACUUAAGGCUCAUUAAGGACAGUCAGGCCAUUAAUGAUGAUUACAAACACACUGGCUAUGACAGAGGCCACCUGAACCCCAACAGCUUCCAGUGUCUUGACGGACGUAAAGCUACCUUCACCCUAACUAACAGUGUUCCCAUGGACGCCUGCUUCAACCGAGUCCAAUGGAAAGCCUGGGAGGCUGCUUUGAAUACGAUUUUAAAGGAACAAGACAAUGGGGCCGCUUACCUCGUGACAGGGGCUGUGCCUCCUCAAGAUAAUCCUGCUUUAGACAAUCGAAUACCGAAAAAGGGAAUGUUUAAUAAAGAUGAUGAACAAAAGUUCAACAGGGUGACAGUACCUACUCAUAUCUGGACAGCUGUCUGUUACUUCUAUCCAUUAGAUAAAGAAAAGUCUUUCUCUUUUGGUUACAUAGGUGAAAACGAACCCGGUUUUAGCAUUGUUGGCCAUCUAGUACCACAGCUGACAAAACAGCUGUUUAAACUUUAUAACAACCAAAAUUUAAAAAUUUUUAUGGAUGACUGCUUUUCUGAAAACCGUAAAUCUGAAGAGAUGGUUAAGAAGCUGUACGAAAAUGUUCUGAAGCAUCUGGGUGACCGAGUCAAUGUGCCUCCAGAGAUCAUUUUAACUGCUGCUUCAAGACGCCGUAAUAAUGAAGGUACUUCCCUUCCUACAAAAAAAAUGAAGAUAAGAGAAACCAAACUAGAUUUAGUUUACACUGAUGAGCAGGAAUGGUUGACAGACAUGGAGAACAUUAAGCUUGCCUCUGGACUUACCUGCUCCCGUUCUAGCCCCCUCUCUAAGUCUGUAAGAACAGGUCAUGACAAACUGUGGCGCAAAAGAGAAACGUCUGAGGAACUGGUUUGCACACUUGUUCCUGAGAAUUCGGAGGGCUGCAAAACCUCCUGCCUGUACAGAGAGCAGUAUGGACUCUACUACUGUUCAACUGACAAAACAACAAUACCAUGUUCACCCACAUACUCUGACAUAAGUGUCUCAGGAAAGAAGUGUAGAAAUGACCACACCUGCGGCCUACAUGGCAGGGAGUACUACUGGUGCUACACUGAUAAGAAGUGGGAUUAUUGCAGCCCUCCACUUCCACUCGGCAAAACAAAGAGUGGGAAGCGUUGCAGUGCCAAACGUAACUGCGCUAAGUAUGGUAAUGACUAUCUUUGGUGCGACAUGGCAGAUGGUAAAAGGGAUCAAUGUAGUACCAAAUAAUAGUGAUAAGUGCUAGCCAGUUGCACAUUCCUUCUUCUGGUUUGGUAAGAGAGAACACUAUGUAACCACCAU